CGCCCCUUUGCUCCGCCCCUCUUUUGGGUCCAGCCGCCGUGCUUUCCCGCUCCCGCAGCAGCAGCCGUCUUGUCGCUGAAGUUGUCGCUGUCGCUCUUGCUGCGCGCCCCUCGGAUCCCACGCCUCACCAUGCCCAACAUCGUGCUUUUCAGCGGCAGCUCGCACCAGGACCUGUCCCAGCGUGUGGCCGACCGCCUGGGCCUGGAGCUGGGCAAGGUGGUCACCAAGAAGUUCAGUAACCAGGAGACCAGCGUCGAGAUUGGUGAAAGUGUGAGAGGGGAAGAUGUCUAUAUCAUCCAGAGUGGCUGUGGAGAAAUCAAUGACAACCUGAUGGAACUGCUCAUCAUGAUCAAUGCCUGCAAGAUUGCCUCAUCAUCCAGGGUGACUGCAGUGAUCCCAUGUUUUCCAUAUGCCCGACAAGAUAAAAAGGACAAGAGUCGUGCUCCAAUUUCUGCAAAACUUGUGGCUAACAUGCUCUCAGUUGCUGGGGCUGAUCACAUCAUCACCAUGGAUCUGCAUGCCUCUCAGAUACAGGGAUUCUUUGAUAUUCCUGUGGAUAACUUAUACGCAGAGCCUGCAGUUCUGCAGUGGAUUCGGGAGAAUAUCACAGAGUGGAAGAACUGUAUCAUUGUUUCACCGGAUGCAGGGGGAGCCAAGAGGGUCACAUCAAUUGCAGACAGGUUGAAUGUGGAAUUUGCUUUGAUUCACAAAGAGAGGAAGAAAGCAAAUGAAGUGGAUCGGAUGGUUCUGGUGGGGGAUGUGAAGGACCGCGUAGCCAUCCUCGUGGAUGACAUGGCUGACACGUGUGGUACCAUCUGCCAUGCUGCUGAUAAACUGCUCUCAGCUGGGGCCACUAAAGUUUAUGCUAUCCUUACUCAUGGGAUAUUCUCUGGGCCAGCUAUAUCCAGAAUCAAUAAUGCUUCCUUUGAGGCUGUUGUUGUCACAAACACAAUUCCGCAAGAGGACAAGAUGAAACACUGCUCCAAGAUUCAGGUGAUUGACAUUUCAAUGAUCCUGGCUGAGGCGAUCCGAAGGACACACAAUGGGGAAUCCGUGUCUUAUUUGUUCAGCCAUGUGCCACUGUAAAUGCAAAGUGAGAAGUGUCGAGCAGGCCUCCUGAGACUUCUCACUUGAUUUAUUUGCUUUUUUAGUGUUAGGACUAAGCAAUGGUAGGCUAAUCACUGGCAAAAGCAUCAGAUUUUUGUAUACUCUGAAGCCCAAGACUAUUUCUUUCUGGUUUAUUGGGGGAAAGGUGGUGGUUAUUUGGUAUUUAAGUGAACCAUCUUAAAUGAAUAAUGUUUUUAUCAUCUUGACUUCUUCUGAUAAGUGAUGUUUUCUUUUGUCCUUUUAGUAUUUUGAGGCGACAACUUUCAAGUAUAAAAUUCCAUUGUGGAAAUUCAUCUUUUAUGUAUUUUGAGGUUGCCAAAGGUGACUUCACAUUAAAGUCUUCUGUGUAAAUAUAUAACGAUAAUGCCUAUGGACAUUUGGGUAAAACCCUGUAUAGCCCUUUACUUUGGAGUGAAUCUUAGAAAAUUUUUAAUACCAAGAAUUUUGAAUUUUUUUUCCUUCUUUAAAAAUGGUAUCUGGGUUUUAAAUAGACCACCUUAACUGUUCCCCUUUUGGACCAAAUUUUAUUUAGCUAAAUAUGGCCACUGACACGUUGAUUUUUGGUAGACCUUAGACAUUUCAAAGGCAAUAUAGUUCUGUAUCAUUUUUUAUUACCACUUUUAAGUGAUAUUAUAACUAUCACUUGAAAUACCAUGUCCCAAAACUUCAAAAUUAUGUUCUACAAUUGUUCUAAUUUAUAAACCAUUUUGAGUUGUGGUUGCUGAGCUCAGGGUCAUGUUUAUACUCUCCUCUGUCCACCCCAGAUAGAUAAUUCUUUAGGAUGUACCUUGUGUCCCUGUUCCUGUCAUUAUGUUUCUUUACACCAUAUUUUUAUUCAUAGCUUUCACUUUGUAUUUUUUCCAGUAAUUUUGCUUGAGGAUUUUUACUAAAAUCAAUGACUCUUAAAUUCCCUCAAAUUUACUAAGCUGAUCAUUAUUUUCUUUUGACACACAUAAAUGUGAAUUUUUUAUGAGUGCCACCAAAUGUUUAUUUAAACAUGAGCUUUGAGUAAAUGUUCUUUUGCCCAUGGAAGUAGUAGGUCUCUGGCAAACAAGUAUCGUAACUAAAGCUGGUACACCAAAAAAAAAAAAAAAUGUGUGCAGGAGAGGCCGAUGGAAAGUAAAAAUCAAUUGCUUCAUUAGGAUAAUGUUCAAAAAGUGGCUCAAAAAUUAUUGUGAAGAUUGUGAAGGGAAAAUUCACUGAGGAAUGCCUUCUCUAUAAAUGGCCCUUGAUAACAUCCUCUUAAGUGAAGUGCCUUGCUAUCUCUGUGGCAGAAGCCAAGUGUUGACUCUCUGAAUUUAUUAUAUGCAUGUUGGUAGACAACCAACUGAAUUCAUCAUCCCCCAAAGAACAGGAUUCUCCUGCAUAGAAAGCCUAGUAAUGAGAAAAACAAUCCCCUCUGCUGAAUCUUUUGUCCACUGUUUUAUUGGAACUGGAGAUUAAAACCUCCUCUGCUGAGUCUUAAAACUGAUAGAAAAUAAAUGGUCUGAUAGAAAUCCUUCAGGUAGAAAAGUCAAACCUAAUUCAUUAACAAACUUGAACAGCAGUUUCAAAAUUCAAGACAGCAGAAGUUGUAAUUAGAAAAUAUCAUUUAAAUUGUUACUGAAACUAGCAUUUUGUUGUACCUUAAAAUGGUUUCUGAGAAAGAGUGAUGGAACCUGAUAAAAAGUCAGCUCUGCAGUGCAGAUUGACUCUGUCUAGAAAGAGUUGACUGGAGAUGGGUAAAGAACCUAUAUGGAUGCUUUGGAAUUUUCCUUUUUGAUAAAUGUCUAACAUCUGUAUUUCAUGGGAUUUCUAUGCUUGUGUGAAAUGAAAACAAUUGUAAAUGUUUAUGUAGACAGCUUAACAUACAAGUAUGCAAGUUCAGGUGUGUUGACUAAAGACACUUGAUUUAAAGGUGACCAUUUUAUCUAAGAUACUGAAAGUCUAAGAAUUUAUAGACCUAGUUUUCUAAUAAUGAUUUCCACGUAUAAAAAAUGGUUACUAUCAUUAUUUAGCCCCACUUUUGCAUUUCAAAAUACUCCUGAAUACAUUUAUGAACUAAUUAGAUUAGACUUGGCCUUACACCGUGGAAAUACAGGCUUUAACUAUUCAGUGGUUUCCAGUUGACAGAAGUGAUGAAGAGUGCCUUGUGAACAGCCUAAUCCUAGAACAUUCUCAUUCCUUGCUGUUCAUGGUGUAAAAACUUAAAUGAAACCACCAAAAUGCAUCAGUCCUGUCUAACUCUCCUGAAUGGGAGUAAACUUUGCAUAUAUCUAGCCAAAAAGGGGAGCCACCAAAAUAUGAAUAUACCAAAGUUGUUUAGCCUCCAAUUUAAAUUAUACUAGUCAACUUAUAGAUGUUCACAUGAUAACUGUUCUUUAUUAGAUAUGAUGCCAACUAGAUUCAUGAAUGUAUCAUUUGCAGUGCUUGCAUUGGUUAGAAUCUAGGAUUCUAAGAUCCUACAGUGUACUAAAACAUUUCAAUAAAAUCCUGCUGACUA